ACAAGCCAGCAGCCUAGGCCAGCCCGCAGUUCAACAGCUCCCUGGUUCUCUCACUGGCUCUGGGCUUCAUGGCGCUCUGGCUGACUGCAGUACUGGCUCUCGCUUGCCUUGGUGGUCUCGCCACCCCAGGGCCAGUGCCGAGAUCCGUGUCUCUCCCUAUGGCCCUUAAGGAGCUUAUUGAAGAGCUGAGCAACAUCACACAAGACCAGACUCCCCUGUGUAACGGCAGCAUGGUAUGGAGCGUGGACCUGGCAGCUGGCGGGUUCUGUGUAGCCCUGGAUUCCCUGACCAACAUCUCCAGUUGCAAUGCCAUCCACAGAACCCAGAGGAUAUUGCAUGGCCUCUGUACCCUCAAGGCCCCCACUCCGGUUUCCAGCCUCCCAGAUACCAAAAUCGAGGUAGCCCAGUUUAUAACAAAACUGCUCAGCUACUCAAAGCAACUUUUUCGCCACGGCCCCUUCCACUGAGGAGAGACCAGCCCUGGACAUCUCAGCUGCGGACAUCUCAGUUGUGGACUCAUUUUUCCUUUCUCACAUCAGACAUUGCUUGGGGAGGCAGGGAGAGGAGGGUUAGAGAGGGAUGAAGUUGCCUCAGCUUUGACCUCAGCCUGCACUGCCUGCCUAGUGCUCGGGUCUCAGCCUGGCAACACGCCCCACCCCCUCACCCCGCCCUCGUCAUCCCAUCCCUACAGCAAACUGGAGCAAAACAGUGAGUCCAGCCUGUGGCCUGGUCCACACAGGACAACUGAGGCAGACAGCAGCUUGGGCACAUUUCUUCUUGAUCUUAUUUAUUAUGGUUGUAUGUUAUUUAAAUGAGUCUGUCAGUAUCAAGGUGGGGAAAAUGGUUUGCUGCCUCUGCCCUGGGGGCUCCAGCAUUGAAGCAGUGGGCUCUGGGGUCCCUGACAAUAUUACUGUAUACACAAUUCUGCUACCUCACUGCAGCCUCCAGGUCUCAGGCCAGGCAGGAGACAGGAGAGAAGGCCAGAGUGACGCUCCUGUCUGCCACGGCAGCAACCAGCCCUCAGCCAUGAAGUAACUUAUUGUUUUGUUCUUAUAUUUAAAGUAUUAAAUAGCUUAGCAAAGAGUUAAUAAUAUAUGAAAGAAUGGCCUGUUACAUUCAAGGUGGUGUGUAGGGAAUGGGGGGAGGGUGGUAGGUUUGUCACUGUACAAGUUUUUCAUUGACUGUCAAACUAGAAACCGGAAAUAAAGAUGGUGACAGAUA